AUGUCCCCUUUGAGCAACAGCAGUGGCUUCAGUCACCCAACGUUCACGUUGAUGGGAUUCCCUGGGCUGGAGAUGUAUCAUCACUGGAUCUCUGUCCCAUUCUUCUCUAUCUAUCUCAUUGCAUUCUUGGGUAACGGUACUAUCCUCUUUGUCAUCAAAGCCAACCCAAGCCUUCAUGAGCCCAUGUAUGUCUUUCUUUCCAUGUUGGCCAUCACUGACUUGGGCUUGUCUGUCUCCACGUUGCCCACGGUGUUGGGCCUCUUCUGGUUCAACAGGAGGGAAAUUGACUUCAACGCCUGUGCUGCACAGCUGUUCUUUAUCCACACCUUCUCCUUCAUGGAGUCCUCGGUGCUCCUGGCCAUGGCCUUUGACCGCUACGUGGCUAUCUGCAGCCCACUGAAAUACACCAGCAUCUUGACUAAUUCCAUGUUAGUCAAGAUUGCUCUAGCUAUCAUCGCAAGGGCUUCGGGCAUCGUGUUCCCAACACCAUGGCUGCUCAGGAGGUACAGGUACUGUAGGAGCAACCUGCUUUCCCACUCUUUUUGCUUGCAUCAAGAUGUGCUGAAGCUCUCUUGCUCGGAUUCCAGAGUAAACAGCAUCUACGGCUUGUGCGUCGUCCUUUCCACAUUGGUCAUUGACUCGCUGCUCAUUCUCUUGUCAUACCUAAAGAUCAUCAAGACUAUCGCAGUCAUUGCCUCCAGGGAAGAGCAGCUCAAGGCUUUCAACACCUGCAUCUCCCAUAUCUGCGUCGUCUUAAUCUUCUUCAUUCCUGUGAUCGGGGUGUCCAUGAUACACCGGUUUGGCAGGCACAUUUCUCCUGUUGCCCAUAUUCUCAUGGCUGAUGUCUACCUCCUCAUCCCACCUGUCCUCAAUCCCAUUGUGUACAGCCUGAAAACCCAGCCAAUUCGGAAGUGCAUCCUCAGGACUUUUGGUAAGAAAAGGACCCCCCGUUUACGGUAA